UCAGGCUGGAGUUCUGAACCAGAAGUUAUACCGUACCAUGAAGAAGAGCACCUAUCUGAUGUCUAACAAGGUUAAAGAAAAUUGGGAGUCUGAGAAAUUUAGUUUUCAAGGUUAUCAUUCAUUUGGGUUAAUAUGGCCUCCAAGAAAUUAUAACUGCAGCUUUUGCAAGAGAGAAUUCAGGUCUGCUCAAGCUCUUGGUGGCCAUAUGAACGUUCAUAGAAGAGAUAGAGCCAGGUUGAGACAGUUACCUCCACCUGUUGUUGAAUUUCAACACCCUAAAUUUAGCUCUAACUCUAACCCUAACCCUAGUUUUUCUUCUUCAUCAUCUCCUUUAUCCAAGUUCUUACCACUCCCUUACACAACAACUAAGUCCUUGUUUUCUGCAUCUUCCACUUCUUUCUCUUCAUCGCCUCCUUUAUCUAAGUUCUUACCAUUCCCUUACACAACAACUAAGUCCUUGUUUUCUCCAUCUCCCACUUAUUUCUCUUCAUCAUCCUCAGCUUCUCCAAAUGAGGAAAACAAACGAUUACUUGAGUGUACUAGAAGAGAUACCAUGACUCCUCGAUGGGGAGACACAACCAUUAAGAAGAAUACCAGGGCUGAAUGGGCCGGGAAAUUGGUGGGUACUCGUGCACACAAAGUUUCCAAGAAAGAGGAAGCUAUCAGCUUGAACUUAGAGAUGGGGUUGAAAGAUGCCAAAGAAGUUUUAGAUUUGGAGCUUCGGCUUGGGCAUUUUUAACUGCAGUCGUCACCAUUUCUAUGUGCCAUAAUCCAAAAUUUGCCUUUACGUACUCUUCCAUAUGUUAUUUAGUUUCUCUUCAGUCUUCAGUAUCAGUACUAGAUUUGUAUGUAUGGGAAGAUUAAUUAAGAUCCAGUUUACAAUUUACAUUGUGGAUUAAUUAGAAGAGUUAUUUUAACUUGCUAGCGAGCUGGCAUUUCCUUUC